UUAGCUCUUCUUAUUAUGCAGCCAAAGUGCCUGCUUCUCAUACUUUUAACGCGUUUGACUCUCCAACAAGUGGCGCAUACACAUCUGGGCCAAACUGUGCCCCAAUUCAUGGUCGGUGAUGUACCAAGCAAGGGUCAACCCUAUCAAAUUGUGCGCAUUAUUGAGUAUUUAGUGCCAUAUUCUCCAAACAAAAUAGCCAGAACCAAACAAGUAGAUAGCCUUGAGAUUAUACCUGCCGACAUUGAUUCUCUUUUGAAGAUGAAGCCGACAAAAAAACCAAAGAAAUCUCUUCAUUUUCUGGUCAAAGUGCUUCGAAAAAAUGCUACUUUAUGCACAGGAGCAUUGAUUUCUCGCCGUCUAGUGCUUAGCUCAUCACAAUGUUUGACCAAAAAUGCAAUGCCAAAAGAUUACAGCAUUCAGGCCAGUCGUAGUCGUAGGUAUAAGAUGGUUAAAAUCAUCUUUGGUACCGGUCUAGCCCAAGAUCUAGUCCUUAUUGUCCUCAAGGCAGCAAUUCAUGAUUCUGCCAUCCAGCCAAUUCGUCUCUGUGAUGGAUCACUCAAACCACUUGAGAAUGUGACCAUGUACAUGUCGAGAAAACGUUUGAGUUUCCUGCGUACCCAAGUGAUAGCCAAUGGAGCCUGUAAACGUAGCUAUGCCCAGGAUGAGAAUGUCUAUAUUACGGCUAAUAUGUUGUGUGUCCAGAAUACGGCCAAAUUGAAGGACUGUCAAACGGCCAAGGGUGAUCUGCUUCUACACAAGGAUCAUUUGUGUGGCAUUAACAUUUACGGUUCACACUGUGUGAAUGGAGCGUCCAAUGGCGAUCUGUAUGCGAAUAUCUUUAAGGCUCGCGGCUAUCUGCAACGCAUGAUUAAACAAUUUGUUUAAGCACAGGGGAGGGGAAAAUUUACCAAGCAUAUCAAUAUUUCCCUUGUUUUUGUCAACAUUGUAUUUUCUUUCAAUUUGUGGAUAUACAUAUAAACUCCUCCACAUCCUUCUCUUUGCCCAGCAUUUUGACUAUGAUGUAUGUAAAUUUAGUCUAAAAAUAAAAACAAAAAAAGAAAUAAAUAAAAUAAAAAC